AUGGAUACAAUACUCACCCCUGUGAGUACCACCUAUAGAAAACAGGAAAGAAGAGAUGAUGCUCUCAUCGAGGUCGUCAAGCAGAAAGAGCCUCUCAUCAAGCCCUCUCUUCAAGCAACAACACCAGAAGAAGCAUUGGAGAUUUUGAAAAACGAACCUGAUCACGAGGCCUUAGUACAAACUUUGCGUUUUCUGGUUAGCAGUCGUUCAGGAUUUGACAUUACUUCGAUAAGCUCCAUAACGUCCCAACUUAUCCAUGUUCUUGUCACAGAAAUAUUGCCGAGUUAUUGGGGUGUACUCUCAGAGGAAUGCAGGAGCGGGACCACUAAAAAGUCAAAGCAAACAACUGAGCUGGAGCUUCUUAUAACAUGCCUGAGAAGUGUACCAGGCUUGAAUGCUCUCUUUUUGGGCUUCAAAAGAAAUAUUCAGCUCUCUAAAGACUCCAAGAAGACGGCAAGCACAAAUCCCCAUGAAAUUCUCGCCAUCUUAUUGCAGGCCUUAGAGGCAAUUCUCGAAGGACUAACCACAAUUGAAAAAGUCUGGACUAUAAUCUGGGAGUCCACGGACUCAGGUGCUCGCAAGAAGGCCAUUUGGGCCGACUUUCUUGGGCUUGUUGUAGGUGGAAAACUGCUUGGUAGUGCUGCUGAGGCCGAUGAUAUCGUAAAUACAUCCAGUGCAACUAUUCGUGCUAAAAGCUGGGUAGCAGAUAGUAAUCUUUAUGGUACCUGGCUUGCUAAGAAUAUACGGCACUGGGCCAAACGGAUCCCGUUGGAAUCUGACAUUGGCUGGAAAUGUUGCGCUGAGCUUCUUAGUAGAAGUUUCCGUGUUGGAAAGACAGAAAAAAUAGUUGCCGCACUUUUGGAUUCAAUGGUCGUGCAAAGUCGUGACAAUGGCGCUCAGUUCCUCCGUUUACUCAAUCAACUAUCUGGACUUGAACAACGCAAUGUACUAUUUAAUGCCCUUCAGAUUCUCUCUAAGGAGCACUUGUCUUCCACGAUCACAACUGACGGUGACUCUUCGUGGUGGGAGGCAGACUCGAAACUGGUCUCAGGAGCGGCAGGUAUGGUGAAGAUUCUAGUCGCCAAUUCCGAUUCCAGGAAAAAUCAGUUAAUGGCGUGGGCUAUGAGUUCCUCAGGAGCGGGUGCUGGCGAAGGAAUGGGAAUCCGUCGCGCUGUAGUUGCCAUUCUUGCAGAGGACAAAAACGAUAUCGAAACAGUGCUUGAGAAGAGUAUUGCACAAUUUGGUGAUCAGUUUCAGAUUCUGCUGUUGAGUGCAGGUUGGGUCUACAGAAAAGCUCCGCUUCGUCUCAGUAUGAUGAUGCGUUCAGGAUUGCAUCUCAACGCUGUAUCUAACCGGCUUGCAGCGUCAUCAACACGAGCAAGAUUUCUGGGAAUGGUUGUUGGCGAGGCUUUGUCCAGCUUAGUUGAUAAAGGAGAAAAUAAGAUGGAUUUCAAGGUCGACGAAAUGCAAACCACGGAGGCUAAAUGGUACAAGAGUAUGGUCAAUGUAGCUGACAAGGCCGGAGAACUGGAGCUCCUGAGAUCAAGAGUAACAACAGUCAUACAGAAAUCUAAGACUCAACCACCACCAGCAAAGAAGCCGAGUACGCUCAAUAGUUCGAGUAAAAUAAGCUCUAUUGAGGAGAUAGAGUCGGAUGAAGAAGAAGGAACGGACAACUCAGAAGACGACGACGACGAUCUGGUGCCAUAUGGAAAACCAGAAUCUGAUGCCGAAGAUUCCGACGAAGACGCUACAAAUGUUGUUCGCAACAAGCCAACGGCACCGGUGUACAUUCGAAAUCUAAUCACAUAUUUACGAAACACAGAAAGCUAUGAUCACCAGAAGCUUGGUCUGUCUACAGCUGCUUCACUCAUUAGAAGGAAAGCCAACUUUGGCACCGAAGUUAGUGCACACGCCGAAGAAUUAGCUACACUGCUUGUAGGGAUUCAAGAUAAAUACGACAUUGAAGAGUUCCAGGAACUGAGGCUACAAGGAAUGAUAGCUGUUCUUAUAGCCCUACCCUCGAAAAUGGGACCAUGGUUUGCAAGGACGUUUUUCGAAGGAGACUACUCUAUGUCUCAGAGAGCAGCAGUCUUAACCACACUUGGCCUUGGAGCUCGAGAAAUAGGUGGCUUUGGAAAAGAAGACGCAGGACUCACUAAAGUUGACAAACUACCCAACACUUCAUUCCCAUCAAAAACCCUACCACCAGCAAUGCACAAACUCUACAUCUCCAAUCCACCCACUCCAAACCAAAAACAACCAACCAUACCCUUCUCCGCAAUAACAACCCUCACCACGACCCUCACCAAAUCCCUCACCCAACCCAUCGCCGCCUCAGCCCUAGCAUCCACCUCGGGUCCAGCCCUCAUGAACAUCACCCCCCUCUCAACCCGCCGCAUCACCACUCCCCGCACCCGCCCCAAACCUACCACAAACGCCCUCUCCACCCUCAUCCCCACCUCCUUCUUCUUUCCCCUGACCGGCCGCUUCUUCAUCCACCUCCGCGCCUACGGCACCUCCACCUCAAAAAACAUCACCUUCUCCCCGUCCCUCCUAACCCUCUACCUCAAGACCCUCGCGCUGAUCCUCGACGCCGCGGGUCCUAACACACCCUCUCUCCCGCAAAUCACAAGCGAGUUCUGGGACUUGCUGCUUACGUUACGGACGCAGGCGACGGAUAUUUCCGUGCUCGAGGCGUUGCUUUUUGCGUUCCUGGUGUUGUUUGAGGUUAAUGGGGAUAAGAGGGCGAUGGUGGAGGUGCAUGGACGACAGUUGUUGGAGACGCAGGAGUGGGUGGAAGGUGUGUUUAAUAGACUGGGUGAUGCGGUUGGGGUGAGACUUACUGGGGGGCCGGGGGGAGGCGCGGAGGAAGAGAAGGUUAGGGCGUUGGCUGCUAGUGUGUUGGUUAGGAUAAGGGAGUGUGUGGAGAAGUAUCAGGUGUUGUUGAUGGGUGAUAUGGCUACUUUUUCGUGA